AUGGAUCCAUCAAUUCUCAGAGGCCUCAAUGAUAAGAUUUACGAACGCCGCAAGGCGGCCGCGUUAGAGCUCGAGAAGCAGGUGCUGUCGUCCGAUGGGGCUCGCAUUUCCGGUAUCAUUGAUCAGCUUUGCUGCAUGUUUGCUGCUACCAACGCUAUGCACACUCGCAACGGCGGACUGAUCGGCUUGGCUGCGACGGCCAUCGCUCUCGGACAGGAUGUCGCGCCCUUCCUUCCCGUAAUCAUUCCACCCGUCUUGCAAUGCUUCCAGGACACUGAGAGCCGUGUGCGCUACCACGCAUGCGAGAGUUUGUACAAUAUUGCAAAGGUCAGCAAGGGCGAGAUCUUGACGUACUUCAACGAGGUUUUUGAUGCUCUCAGCAAACUAUCGUCCGAUUCGGAGAUGUCCGUCAAGAAUGGCGCCGAGUUGCUCGACCGCCUCAUGAAGGACAUUGUCGCUGACGCUGCGGCGACGUACGUUUCGGUGUAUCAAGAGGAUGACCCAAGUCGCACUCCACAGAACGCCAAGUUGGACGCACUGGAGGGGCACGAUGGCUCGCCGGGAAAAGGCGAUGGGCAGCCAGGUUCGAGCCCCAGCCGUCCUGGCGAUGUGGAUGGUCUCACGACACACACCCUGGAGAAGGAACACAUGGACCGCCGCGCCUUCUCUCUUGAGCGCUUCAUGCCGCUUCUCACAGAACGCGUGUACGCCAUAUCGCCCUACACGCGAAUGCACCUUGUCUCAUGGCUCAUCGUCCUCAACACAGUCCCUGACCUCGAGUUAGUCUCGUAUCUCCCCGAAUUCCUGGACGGUCUGCUAAAGUAUCUUGCCGACACGAACGGCGAUGUGCGCGGCGCUACGGAGAACCUCCUCGCCGAGUUCCGCCGCGAGAUCCGCCACAUCGCCUCCCAGCAGGACAAGAUGCUCGAGGCGGAUCGCGCGCGGCACAUCGCCUCCCAGCAGGACAAGAUUCUCGAGGCGGAUCACAAGAAGCGGCCCGAUAAGCGUAACAGCCGCCAGACCAUUGACGCAAUCCCAAUCGAGUACAAUGACUCGGCCAUCGAUGACGACGACUGUGAGGACGGGGAGGAUGACGAUGAUUGGGAUGGUGAGGGGUCUGGGGAAUGGGAGCCAGGGCAGAGCACGGUCGUCGACUAUGCGGCGAUCAUGGACAUCAUUGUCGAUCACUUGUCGUACCCAGACAAGCUCGUCCAAACCACGGCCAUGGACUGGAUCCUCACCUUCUUGGAGUUUGCUCAGACCACUGUCGUUGCCUUCACACCACGUAUGGUCUGCGCCAUCCUUCCUAAUCUCGCCUCACUGAAUCGUCACAUCAAGCUCGCUGCGACGGAGACGAACCGGAGGCUCAUCGCUGUAAUCCAGAGUCUCCCGCUGCAGGGAACACCGGCUGUCAACAAUGCUGCUACUCUUCAAAAGGACGGCCAGACAGUGACCAGCGUUGGGUCGACCUUGAACACGGCAGGCUCGUCUCCACAGGGCGGCGGCAAGAAUGACGGCGGACUCUCCGAAUCUCCAGACCGUCUGGUCGUUCCAAUCGCGGACCCUCUUGACAGCGGCAGCUCGCCUUCGGCGCCUGGAUCGACGUUGCGCAUCAAGGCGGGUCCACCCAUGCCAUCCUCUGAACCAGUGACGCCGGGAACUAGCGAGUUCCCUUCUGUGCCCAAGGUCCGAACCAGACCUCAGUCCCCAGAGUCGCAGCCCAUUACCAAUAGUAUUGCCCUUCAACUGCAGGCGCACAAUGUGCAGACCGUGUCCGCGACCGAGGUGGCGGAAGUGGACGACGACCCGUUCGACGUGCACGAGACAGUCAACAUGCUCAUCCUGCAGUUCAUGAGCGAGAACCCCGAGACUCGUAUUGCUGCGCUUGAGUGGCUCCUCAUGCUGCACCUCAAGGCGCCGAACAAGAUCCUCUCCCGCGACAGUGGCACCUUCCCUGCUCUGCUCAAGACCUUGUCCGACCCUUCAGAAGACGUCGUCAAGCACGACCUGCAACUCCUCGCCCAGAUCUCGUCGUCCUCGGAGGACUCGUACUUUAGGAGUUUCAUGGUCAACGUGCUCGAGCUGUUCAGUACCGAUAGGCGGCUGCUCGAGACGCGCGGCAGUCUCAUCAUCCGGCAGUUAUGCCUGCACCUCAACGCGGAGAAGAUCUUCCGCACCCUCGCUGAGAUCCUGGAGAAGGACGACGACCUCGAGUUUGCGAGCAUGAUGGUUGUUAAGCUGAACAUGAUCCUCAUCACCUCGCCGGAGCUCUCCGACUUCCGCCGCCGCUUGAAGAACCUCGACUCGAAGGACGGGCAGAUGCUGUUCACCUCGUUAUAUCGGUCGUGGUGCCACAACGCUGUCGCCGCGUUUGCGCUGUGUCUUCUUGCCCAGGCGUACGAGCAUGCUUCCAAUGUGCUGCAGAUCUUUGCCGAGCUUGAGCUCACCGUGCCUCUUCUCGUUCAGAUCGACAAGCUUGUCAUGCUGAUCGAGAGCCCAGUUUUCACCAACCUCCGCUUGCAGCUCCUCGAGCCCGACAAGUAUCCAUACCUCCCCAAGUGCCUGUACGGCCUCCUCAUGAUCCUGCCUCAGAGCAGUGCCUUCGUGUCUCUGCGCGCACGCUUGGCAGUUGUGAAUGCCUCUGGGUACACCCCACCACCCUCAAAGCCUUCCUACGCCCAGCCUACGGGUGGGCGCUCGACCGCACGCAAGGACGGGAUCCAGUGGCAGGACCUGCUCUCGCACUUCCGUGCCGUGCAGAACCGACACGAGCGGGCGCGUCGAGCGGCUCAAGCCUCUGAUCAAAUGGCGAACCUGCAUUUCACUCCCUCUACCACAACCACAGCCCCAGCCGCCGGCGCAGGUAAGCCUGGCCUGUCCGGGCUACCAGCGCCUCGGCGCAAGCCCCAGAACACGAUCCGUGCGGGUUCGGAGCCGGGUAUGCCAACGCGCGGCGCGUCUGGCCUCUCCCCCCUCAAUCCCAAGCGCGUGGGCUCUGGUGCGGCCGCCGCGUUAGUCGCUGCCGGCGGAGCAGUCGCGAGUAUGAAUGGGCAGGGCCUGGGUGCGAUGCGUGCGAUGAGUCCUCCGCCCGUGCCGUCCAAGAAGCGGUUCCCACAGGCGCCAGUGCGUCGGAUGUGA